AUGGUCAUUGGACAUUCAUGGAGCAGCAUUAUCGUUUGUGGCGGGCUUGGGGGUUUGAGUAAGGAGGAGAAAAAGAAGCAGGGGAUGGAAGGUGGUGUGGUGAAGCUGACCUUUCUCACUGGUUUCGUCCCGCCGGAGAACAUGAGCUUGAUUCAGGCUUUUGGAGGAAGUCCACCGGAGUGGUAUGAUGUGAAGGAACCUUGGGUGACAUGCAAGGACCCCAUCCGAACCUUCUACCACGAUCUCAGCCCUGAACAAACUGAGUACUGGGCUGCCAAACUCCGGCCGCACUCAUACGCAACCAAAUUCAUCGGAACAUCGAGUUCUUCCUGGGGAACUAUCCCCAGCAGGUAUUUGAUUUGCGAGGAUGAUCGUGCAAUUCCUGUCUUUGUGCAGGAAGCUAUGGUGAAAGCUUGCCAAGAUGCAGGAGCGGAUAUGGUGACUGAGCGAGUCUUCAGUAGCUACAGCCCGUUCUUGUCAAAGUCUGACGAGACCGUCGACUUCUUGAGAAGAGCAGCGGGAGAGAAGGUGUGA